AUGAGGGUAAUCAAAGCUCACCAGCGGAGCAGAGUCGAUCAAUUCUACGGCAUUGACGUCAGCAACACAGAGCUGGAAGAGUCUGAAGGGACGGUGUUGGACCAGGUUUUAGUGGGCCAUAACCACCAGUUGCGUUUUUCUAGGGAAUUGAAGUAUCGGUGGGAGAUUUCACAGGAAAAUUUCGGGAAUUUGUGGUGGGGUUUGGGGUUGGUAGAAGAACUGGUGGGAUCCACACAGGUUUGUAGGGUAAUCCAAGCUGUACUCAUUAGUGGCGUCCCAUAUUUCAUCUCAUCAAAAGGGCCCUAUUAA